GGCAUCAGCAUGUAGGGAGCUCCCUCAGAAUAGAAGGUAUUAUUCGUGGUGGUUUGUCAAGUGACCUGAGCCCAGCCAUUAGAACACACCCCCACGUAACGAUCGUUCUACAUAUAAUAUCGGAACGGCUUUAUGAACUCUUGCACUGCACGUGUUUCAUCAAGAAACGACCAUCAUUCGACUUACUUCUGGACUUGAUUUUGGGUCUGCAAGAGUUGCAGGAGGUGGUGGAAUGUGCUGAGUCCGGGAGCUGUCCGCGCUCUUGUGGUGCUGAAAGAAGCGAACGAGAAUGUGAAGGAGAGAGAGAGAGACACACACACAAGCCAAGACAACACACUGACUGGAUCUGGACAACGUCGCGCUGCACAGGCACACUAUACACUAAAGGUAAGAAGACCCUGAGAAAAUGCCUGAACAGAGUAAUGAUUAUAAUGUGGUGGUGUUUGGGGCUGGGGGUGUUGGAAAAAGCUCCCUGGUGCUACGUUUUGUCAAGGGAACAUUCCGUGAGACUUAUAUUCCCACUAUUGAAGACACCUACAGGCAGGUAAUCAGCUGUGAUAAAAGUGUCUGCACCCUUCAGAUCACUGACACCACAGGGUCCCACCAAUUCCCAGCCAUGCAGCGCCUCUCCAUUUCCAAAGGACACGCUUUCAUCUUGGUCUACUCAAUCUGCAGCCAACAGUCCCUAGAGGAGCUAAAACCCAUCUAUCAACAGAUCCUUCAGAUCAAAGGCAAUAUCGAGAACAUCCCAGUCAUGUUGGUGGGGAACAAGUGUGACGAAACAGUUAAGGAGGUGGACAGCAAGGUAGGUGAAGCCUUGGCCAAGGAAUGGAAGUGUGCCUUCAUGGAAACCUCAGCCAAGAUGAAUCACAACGUCAAGGAGCUUUUCCAGGAACUGCUUAAUUUGGAAAAGCGUAGAUCCAUGAGCCUGAAUAUCGAUGGGAAGAAAUCCAAACAGCAGAAGAGAACAGAGAAAUUAAAGGGAAAAUGCAGCAUCAUGUAGACUCUACUCCAGUCAAAUGGGUGUCUUUGCUUAUCUGAGUAAGCCUAUUAGAACAAAUCUAAGGAAGACCAUCAACGCUGCACCAUCCUCUGUUGCAUCCUAACACUACAUCCUGUCCUCUAUAAGCUUACUAGAAAUCUGUACCUCACCAAUAUCAGAUUUCAUUUGCUUCAUGUAUUGCACUUUCUAGUUAUUUACAGUUAAGGCAAUAAAACUUCUUAAAACAUUCUGCAUAUAAAUUACAAAUAAAUUAAUCAAGGGCAAAGGUAUGUGAGUCAGUCACAGCAAAUGAACUUUAGCUGGUCACACUGGACUCACUUCUCAAUGGUCUUGAUAUAGGAGUUCUUUUGAGUAUCCAUUCUUCCAAGUAUCCCCUUGCAUUAUGUAGUUCUACCAUAGGAUGGUGGUUGCAUAUAUGACCCUGGUAGGUAUGGUUAGUUUAUGUAUUCUGGGUCUCUGUGGCUAUUCACCCAUGCCCCUUCAUCAUAAUGUAAUUUACUGAAUGUAUUAACUUUUUAAACUUAAAAUAUGUAAAAAGCACACUCACUGUAAUGUCAGUAGACUUUAUGGCCUGUGGUAUAAAUAGCCACAAACGAGUAUAAUAACUGUAGCCAUUCAAUAGUAGUUACACAGUUGUCAUGCUAUCCCGCUUUAAGAGUUAUCUAACUAUAUUCAACCUCAUUUAAAUAAAUUGUUAGCUACUCUUCACUUCAAAUCUAAUUGUGGUAACUGGGAGUUACCCAGAUAAGGACAAUGACAAUAGAAGCACAAUAUUGGGCCGAUGGGAACAAGCCAAGCAACAUGCAAACCCUGCACCAAAUACCCCACAGAUCUAAAGCAUGGUACAAGUGCCUAGUGAGGGGCAGAGAUAGUGGUAAGAGAGCUUUUACUAUUUAAUCCACUGAUAUUUUGCACUAGACACCCCAGUUUGGUUUGACUUCCUGCCGUUCCUACACUAAAAAAAAACUCUCUGUAUAUGUCCAGAAUUAAGCACUUGUCUGCUCAGGAAUUUGUGGAGUCAGAAGAAUGCACUGGGGCACAGCUCACAGUACAUAUCAAAGCUCUUUAAACAGGCCACUGUUUGCUUGACUAAAAAAAAUCAUCAGUUACAAUUUAAAUUAGGAUAGAGAAAAGGCUAAAAGAUGUAGCAUCUUAAUUAUACUUUUUUUUUGAUAAUGCACCAUUUACUGUCCUAUAUUUAAGCAUAACUUCGUGAGCUAUAUAGCAACAGAACCACCAAACAUGUACCAAUAUACACAAAGCUUAUCUGAUUAUGCUGUAUUCUGUUGCAAGAAGUUGAUUUACAGGUAAAUUUUGCUGAAUUCUCUGCACCUUAAGCAAUGCCAUUAUUGGGCUCUGAGAAUAUCCCUAUAUAUAUAACUGCAUUACACAAAAUAUUUAUCUUAUCUACACACAGUGCUCAUGUACUUGAUAUUUUGGUGCUUGUGUUGAAUUAUUAUUGCAUGUACCAUCAUAAAUGUCCUUCCAAUUUUCCUGGAUGGAUCAGUAAAUCAUUUGGCAUCUUGAUAGCAGUACUGUCACCAGAUAUUCUCACACUGGGAAUUGUGCCCUGAUGGUGUAACCUCAGCAUAUACAUCAAAACACAGCAAUCUUUCAGAUGAAAGGAAUUCACUCUCCACACACACAGUCCCAGGCUUUUCAGAGCUGAGGCUGUAGAAUCAAAGGCAACAUUGUGCUCAGAAAAGGAACUGUACUUAGAUUGCCAAAAGUCAUCUCUAGUAUGCGGAGAACUUCAUGACCUAGAUUUUUUAAUUCCCAUUGCAAAGUUGGAAUACUAGAACUAAAUAUGAUUUACUCAUGGAUAUUUUGGAAACUUCCUAUCUACUUCCAGUUGACUCCAGAACAUUUAUUGAUUUACUUCCUAUUCUCAGUAGGAACUUAACAAAAGUUACCCCAGUUUUCCAUCUUUCACUCAUUCAAGCAGACUGUUCGAUAACCAUUUGCCCUGUGGAAUCAUGCAAGGAGAAUUUACACAUAAUUUCAGACUAAGAGUACGUAUCAACUUCUCAUAAUACUGAGAGCCAGUUAACUUACAUAACAUAGUUCAACACAAUAGUGAGCACAGGCUUUCCUUAAAGCGCAUGUGAAAUUGGAAUGCCAGCGAGAUUGAACCUUGCAGGCUGACCAGUUAUCUGAAUUACAUGCAGUGCAAUAGAGUUCAGGCCAUGGGACACCGAAGUGUUCACCACAGUAGUGUAAAUGUUUGCAUCAUGACAUCUAUUUAUUCCAAUGCAUGAAGGGACAAUGCAGCUUCAACAGGCUAGAAUUACACAGGAUAAUAUUUUUUAUGAAACUUACCAUUUAUUGUAGAAGAUAGUCUUCCUUUACUAUGUGAACUGCCAUGUCUCCUUUCUGUAACAUGUUUGCUGAAUGUGUUUUUCAAAUAAAAUGCUGGCAAUAUG